AUGGAUGAGAAAAAAGUUGAUAAUUCUCCUUUAAUUUCCAAGAUGGAAACAUUUGAAAUAUCAGAUAAAAUAAAAAAAAGUUCGAGUAAAAAAGAAAUAAAAAAUGUUUAUAGAAGUUUAGACAAUGAAUUUAAUUUCGAUGAUGAACAAGAUGAAACUAAUCAGCCAAGGGAAGAAAAUAAUAAUAAACAAGUGAAUGAAGAUAAUAACAAUGAAAAUAAAAUGAAUGCAAGAACUAUUAAAAUAGAUAGAAAAAAUUUAAAAAAAAUGUUUAGUAGCCAAUUUUUUACUCAAACUCUAACUGACACAACAAGUUCAAAUACUAUAAGUGAAAUAAAAAUAGGAAAAAAAUAUGCAAUUUUCGAAUUUUUUAAAACAUUAAUUUUCCUUACUUUAUUUAUUACUACUUCAUAUUUUACUUACUAUUAUGUUUUUAAUUAUUAUUUUGGACAAACCCAUAUAUGUAGUCAUUUGGAUUUGUAUAAUUAUAAAUAUGAAAACGAGGUUAAAUUCAUUCCUACUAUUAGCAAUAAAAAAUACUAUGUCUUUACAGGAAAAUUCCCAUUCGAUGUCAUUACAUAUAAACUAAGAAAAGAAGACUUAAAAAAUAGUAUGAAUAAACAAAUAGAUAAAUACAAACAAGAAAAUCCUGGAGAAAUUAUUGACCCAAUUGGAGAUCUGGAUAAUUAUGAUAUGCAAAUUAUAUCUUUUAUGAAAUAUAAUAAUAAAAUGAAAUGUGAAAAAAAAAUUUUUGAUUUGUAUAAACCCUUUUCUUUAAAAACAACGGAUGCAAAUAUUACUAAUUCUAAUUUUAUAUUAAAUGAAAUAAGUUACAAUUUUAUAACAAAUCCUUAUAGCAUUAAUGAAAAAAAGCUAUAUGAAGAGGUAUCCAAUUUUAUGCAAAAAAGCGAAAAUAAAAACAAAAUUUGUUAUAUUACUUCGUAUUUAAAAUCUCUAAAAGAUGACAAUAUUAUUGAGAACAUUCGAUCGUUGAAUGAAAACACUACACCAAAUGUAAUGCCAAUUCCUGAUCCUAAAAAUGAAAUAAUUAAUACAGAGAGCACUAUUAGUGACAUUGCAGAAAAAGUUAAAAACUAUUUUAUGAGAGGAAGCUCAACAGACCAAAAUAAUAAUAUCAACACUAAUAAUACUAACACUAAUAAUGAUAUAAAUUUAUAUAGAAAUAAUACGGAAAUAUAUCCUAAGAAGAAAAUUGUUUUCCUAUAUGAUUAUUAUGAAAACAACUUCGUGGAUUUGGUCAUCGCUAUUUAUAACAUGCAGUAUGGAAAUACAUACAGCGAUUUAAAAGAAUAUUGGGAUGAUAUUCGAAAGGGAUUUAAAGUUAUGCACCCAGAGGAAAUAUAUCUAUUUGAAUGGUAUUGUUUGGGAAUAAAUUAUAACAUAAUAAAAAAUAAUAAUCAGUACAAGUUAAAAUGUGUAGAUCUUUUAAAAUAA